AUGGAUUCUGUUUAUGUCAUCGCUAAUAUUGUUUCUCUUUGUUCCUCUUUAGACAUUGCUACACACAGAGGUAAAGAAUUCAUUCUUAGCUUUAUCGCUCAGCAUCCCCAGCCAUCAGAUAAAGAUGACCCAGGGAAGAACACACUUUACAUCACGACCCUCGAAAACACCAAAGUCAACGUUCACGUUCCUUCUCUAAUCCAACAAGGGGAUCAGCAGUUCUCUGUGAGCGCUCUGGGCGUUAAAGUGGUCACUUUACCAGGAAAAACACGUUUUGGUGGAUUCACUGGAAAGGACACAAAGGGUAUUCGUAUCACAGCAAAUAAACCGAUAUCCGUUCAUGGAUAUGGAUGGAUUCUCCUCCUAGGGAAGCAGCACGUUGGUGAAGGCUUCCUUGGGUUACCUGUGGAUGUACUCGGAAAGGAAUACAUUGUCCCAACGUACUCUCCUGUAGGAAGCUCUGUUGUGCAGGUUGUAGCUCAAGAAGACAAUACUCAGGUGUCUUUUAUGUUGCGCCUACCGACGGAUGGAAGAGUUCAGUAUGGAGAUAGAUAUUUUUCUAGUGGAGAACUUAUUAACACGACUCUAAAUGAUCUGGAAGUGUUUCAAGUUCAGGGCGAUAGUGAUCUCAGUGGAACAGUGGUAACAUCAUCCAAACCUGUUGCUGUGUUUUCUGGGGAUGACUGUACUAUGGUGCCAGCUAGCACAUUCCCGUGUAAUCACCUUGUAGAGCAAAUCCCUCCGGUAAGCUUUUGGGGUAAGGAGUUUAUUACCAACCCAACACCUAAUAAUUUUGGUGGAGAUGAAUUUCAUAUCAUUGCAUCAAAAAAUAACACAGACGUUAACGUGGAUUGGCAGAGAAAAGGGACCCUUAACAAGGGGGAUAAAUACGAAAUUCGUGUACCUUGGAAUAAGACUUCGCUGAUAACCACGUCUAAUCCGAGUCUUGUUGUGCAAUACACCAGCGGUGCUGGCAGCUCGCCAUCAAUGAGCAUUGUGCCUCCAACACAGUGCUCCUGGAAUGACUACGCAGUUUACGUUCCAGGCGUUGAUGCAUACGUAAAUGUAAUCAUUGACACCGCUUCACGAAGCGGCCUUGGCGUUAAAGGCCCAGUAGCCAGUGGGCCAUUUAAGUGGGAGACUCUUUUAGGGGGACGUUCCCUGGGUUCACUUCAUUUAAACACAACUGGAGUUUAUCUUAUUUAUCAUGAUGACCUUCUUGUCAAUUUUACAUCCGUUAUGUACGGAACUUUUUCCAACGCGAGCUUCUCAUUCCCAGCUGGCUUAAGGUGGGAGUUGCCCAUUGACCAGGGAUGUACAAAUUCCACGAUACAUGGAGGUGAUGGCAUUGACAACGAUUGCGAUGGCAUAACUGAUGAAGAAUUAUUUAAUGGCAAGGACGACGACAACGAUGGUCAAAUUGACGAAGAUCUGGUCACAGCACGACCGAAUGCUACCUUUCCCAAGGAUUACCUUUCACCGCCAUUAUUAUCGUGUGAUUCAUCCUCAAAUGUAGACGAUCCUAAGCAAGCGGGAUUUCCAACUGUGGUCUCUACUUCGGCUCUGUGCUCCAUACGUGGGGAUGCAACAAUCCACCGUGACGACAAAACUGUCAAGUUUGGCCCUUGCUAUCGUGAAAUCGACCGAACAUGGAAGGUCAAAGAUGGUUGCGGUAAUGAGAUCAAGCAUGUACAACAUCUAGCUAUUAGUUCUCCAAAUGAUCCAAAGUUGGCUUUUCCACCGGAUGUAACCCUCUUUUGUAGAGACAAGAAGUACCUGGAUCCUACAUUUACUGGUAAAGUUUUGACCGAAGUUGAUCAAUGUCUUAGAAAUGUCACCAUCUCCCCCCACAAGGAUACGCCCUAUGGCGAAUGUUCCACCGAGGAAGCUAAAAUAGAGCGAGUGUGGACAGUGAUAGACAAAUGUAGCAGUGACAUCGUAAGGACUCAAGUGAUCAAGCUGGUGCCUAAAGGUAGGUGCAAAUUAUACAACAACAACAAUCAAUCUUUAUUAGUGCUCCGGGAAGAAAGGGAAGUAAACUACAUGUUUAAAAUAAGCAAGAUAGAGAGCACAGCCACUUAGAAAUAGCAAAUGCUAGUCGCAUUAAGUAGCUGGCCAUGCGGAGAAAAAUAUUUACAUUUAUACUAAAUAAAGAAAUACACACGUACCCAGACAUUAAAAAAAUACUAAGCAAGGGCUAUACUGUGUACUUAACUGGCUGUAAAUAAAGUACACCAAAGAACCAUCAGUAUUUACAGCCAUACAUUCUUCCAAGAGCGGUUUUUUGAAACAAGAACGACCCUCAGAUUUAAGAUCCUCUGGAACAGAAUUCGAAAGUUUAGCACUGAGACUGCUAUUAAAUUUUCCAUAGUUGGUCCUAGCCUUAGGUAAAGACUUCUUAGAGGCUAGUCUGGUUUCAUAUUGAUUUACUUUUUUUAUUUUUGUUGUUCAACUGAGGCGUUUAAUACAGCCGAACAUAGCCGAAGCUGUAAAGUAGAGAAACUCGUCGUGUGACUUGUUGGGCGGUAUAAUGGCUGCUUACAUAUUGGGAACACUGGAGGGCGUGCCCGCUGGUACAGUGGCGGGUCCAGGGGGGAGGGUCCGGGGAGUCCAGACCCCCUAUCAGACCUGACGCUUGCUUGAUACUGGAAUUGUUACAUCGACAGGAUCGUAUAUCACUUUUAAAGUGGCUGAUUAUUUCAAUGAAAGACGCUUUGAAUUUUGCCACUAAACUAAAUUCCAGGAAUAUUACAAAAAAUUGUUUUGGGGUACCCAACUGGCUAUUGACGUUCACAGAUUGAGAAACACGUGGUCGUCUCUGUGAGAAGUAAUUUGCCACAAAAAAGUCCAACAGUCCCGUUUGAACUAAAGUUUGGCUCCACCACCAAAAAAAAAUCCCUAGACCCCCCCCCCCAGUGAUAUACCAUAAACUGCUGCUUAUAAGCCGCCCCGCUCCCACCCCAUUCUUGGCUAAUCUACCGGGCAACAAAAAAAUACAUCCGAUUAUAAGCCUCCCGGAUGUGGGACCCCCUCUAACUUCUAUUCAGUUUAUGUAUUGAAAUGAAUUCGAUUUAUUAUGACGUUUUGAAGCUCCAUUACUGAAACCAGAAAGUGCAGAACGACCAAGAACGUAUUUUGGUCAGCGCGUAUUUUUGUUUGCGAGGCGCUUUUGAAUUAUUAAAGCUUUAGUAAGAAGAAAAGAGGGAAAGCAAAGGGAAUUUCCCCAAUUUUUUUUUAGAAAGAACGACCUGGUUUUAAAAAAUUUAUAUCGUUCCUGGGCAGACUCCUAAAUCAAUUACGUGCACUGCAUUCGAAAAACAAAUAAUUUUGGCUCCAUAGUUCCAGAUGCAAUAUAAAAAAAUGGAAUUUAGAAUAAUCUCCUGGUAAAUUGAGAUUUAGGUUACUUUAUCAUAUUGAGCACGUUCAUUGUAAUCUGAAGACUAUAGCGUCAAAAUUAAAUAUUCUCCUAACCUGUAUACCUUGUGAACUGUUUGCUUUGAAAAUUUAACUUUCAUUUUAGGAUCAAAAAGGACCACGAACUUUGUGACAGAAUUUAGCAUCACAAACAAAAAAUUUUCGCCUGAACUUUCAGACAAGACAUCACCGCUCUUUAAAACAGAAGCUGCUACCCUAGAAGGCGAGGUAAGAACAAGAUGCUAUGUUACAUUACUUCCCGUACGUUAUGUUGUAUAUGCUAAUGCUACCCAAUGUGUUUUUGUGACCAUAUGAAAUGUAAUGUAAUGCUUCGUCAACCUAUGUUAGUUAUCAUAGCUACACAGUUUGUGGAGAUUUUUAUUUACAUUUUUUUCAGAUGGAAGAGGCAUUACAAUUUUCAAAAUUAGGAAAAUUCUUUGUAGAUGCAGAAGUUGUUGAAUUUAGGUAUGUAUGUAUGUUUGUCAUAAUAUAAUGGGUGGCGGAAUGUAGUUCCAGACUUCAGAGGCUAUACAUAGCUUUAUUGCUGCAGCUCUGUUUCGUAUGGCCUACGUUCUACCCAUACACCUCCUUUAAACCAAAGACUUACAUUUGUGUUUCCACUGAUCUCCCAUAAACUUUCCUCUUAGAGAAGGGAGUGUUGUCACGAGCAUGCUUAUCAAAGUAGACAUGCAGGCCCAAGUUGAUCAUCAGAGCCUUUUAAACAUCAUGCAAGACACUCUGAGCAAAGGAUCAUUGGUAGGAUAUCAAGUAAAUUCAAGUUCAGUUGUUCUAAAAGGUGAAUUCUUGGCUCAUAAAUUAGUAACUGAAAACGUAAUGAUUAUUCAUAAUCAAAACGACUAGGUCGUCAUUUUGCAUGUAUUGUUUGCUACACUAUUUUUUUCGCUUAAUUAGCUAAGGUGCUGCCACCUAAAAAGGACAUCAGAAAAGAGUAUCAUUUCACUGUUGUCUUUUUCCCACUGGCAUAUUUUCGUAUCCUCUGCCUUUGUUAUUUUUUAUUUGUUAAAAGUUUCCUUUUGUGUGUGUGUGCUUUUUUAACAGACUAUGAUGAAUAUAACGAUACGAAGCUGAAUAAAUGUCACGAGAAAGCAAAAUGUACCAACACCAAGGGUUCGUGCAAUUGCACCUGUAUCGAUGGUUACGUUGGAGAUGGCACUCUUUGUCAAGGUAUGGUCGCUAUUUUGUUGUUUGCUUCGCUGAUCGUCACUAUGUGGUGUUUGCUAUGGGGGAGAGGGGUGAAGAGAGCCGAGAACCAAUGGUAAGAGUAAAUAUUAAUAAAAAGGAGCUGUGUCAUAAAAUUUGCAAAAUUCAAACAGUGGUAACCGUUACCAAACUGAGUGAACCAUAAAAAUAACUGCUCAAAAUAUGAAAAGAAGGUAUAACUAACACAGCUCACAAAAAGGAGAAACGGAUGGGUGGAUGUUUCAUGUUGCCUCCUUUUGCACACCUUGUUGCAUGUUGUUGUAUGUUGUUGCUUGUUGUUGCAUGUUGUUGCGUGUUGUUGCAUGUUGUUGCGUGUUGUUGCGUGUUGUUGCGUGUUGUUGCAUGUUGUUGCGUGUUGUUGCGUGUUGUUGCGUGUUAUUGCAUAUUGUUGCAUGUUGUUGCAUGUUGUUGGAUGUUGUUGCGCAAAGUUUGAAACUGGUCAAACUUUUAGCACCGUGCAAACGGGUGCAACAUUGUUGGCCAACAAGUCCUAGCGUUGUUGGGAGCUGUUGCGUCCGUUUGCACGUAACUUGAAACAGCUCGAACACGAAGUCACGAAGUGACGUUUUUGUAGCCGCCGCCGUCAUUUUUGCUUAAUCUCCCUAUUGAUAACAAAAUGAACUUUACAAACGGGACUUUACUUUUUUUAUGUCUUUUAUAGGCUCAAACACAAUUUCUCUUUCGUGUCUUUCUUGUUUUUUAGCUCCACCCUCCAUUGAUUACACUGAUCCACCAUUAGAAUCCGCUACUAAGGAAAACGUGACUCUCACAUGUCACGCAAGUGGUCUUCCUGAACCGACUUUCACGUGGAUAACCCCUGAUGGAACUCUAGUUAACGCCACAGCACCGGUUCGCAAGGUCGCGGAAAAACUUGACGACGACAGUGAAGUAUUUACUGGGAAAGAGCUCCAAGAGGAUGGCUCCCUUUUAGUUUACUACACUCGUGUCAAUGACCAAGGCGUCUAUAAGUGUGUCGCGACCAACGUUUUGGGACAAGCAGUAGGAAAUGUCAGUCUGAGCGUAAGAGAAGGUAAAGUUCUCUUUUGUUUGCGUCUGUGGGGAGCGAAACGUAUAAUGUGACAAAUUUAACUUUUAUCCUUGGCCAAUAAUAUGUAUAUAUAAAUCCAUUCACCAUUGGCACAUCUCCCAUAAUACACCAUGUUUGCCCCCCAAACUUUUGUUUAUAUUUCUCCUGGGUAUUACAUUACAGUCGUCUCAAGAAAAAUUAAAGACAAUGGUUAUGCAAAAUUUUGGGGGGCAACCAAGGUGUAUUGUUGAGCGUUGUUACUCACGUGGCCAGUAUCUAUGCAAAUUUAUGGGAACGUAAGAAAGCGUUUACAUAAGAAAAGAGGUCAACUCCCACAGGACUGGUCUGCAACACCAACAUGGCCGCCGUGUUAUUGUUUUGGAACACCGAUAUGGCCGUUGUGAUGGAAAUUUUUUGCCAACAGUGUGUGCUCUUAUUGGUUACUUCGAGUUCACAUGACAUCUAACAGUGACGCUGUUUCCCGCCAAAAUCUCGGAGCUGGCAACAUUGCAAAAUCUAUGCCGUCAGAGGGUAACAGCUGUUACCCGCGAAUGUUGACCGCUCGCGAGAUUUAUUUUCAUAAAUUUGUACACGAAGAAGUUAUUCUUCGUGGGCUGUAUAACAAAUCAUUCUAAGACCUCGGAUGUACAUGAUAAUGCAUGAUUCUAUUAUGUCUCAAAUGAAAUAAUUCUUAAACACAUACGAAGAAUUAUAUCGAACACGAGAAGCAGCUUUCCAUUUCUCAUCAAACACAUAAAAGAGAAACAUCGAACAAACACGUCGUCUUGUAAAAUUUUCUGAAGUAUUUUUCACUCUGAGAAAUAAUGUUUAUUUCACCAUUUCAUCUCCAGACAUUGUGGAAGUAAGUGCUGUCGUUACUCUUGAAGAAAAAGUAUUUGAUGAGGAACUGGAGAAUAAGACUUCUCCCAAAUAUCAAGAACUGGAGAGAAACGUCAAACAUGAGGUGCAGAAUUGAAAACUACUUUAUUUCUUAGUGUCGCUCCAUGUGAGGUAUAAUCCAAGACAGUCUUGUAUUAUGGAUACCUCGUUGUGGAUUCUGGACUAUAGGUAGUGGAUUCCGGAUUAUAGGUAGUGGAUUCCGGAUUAUAGUAGUGGAUUCCGGAUUAUAGCUAGUGGAUUCCGGACUCCGGACUAUAGGUAGUGGAUUCCAGACUAUUGGUAGUGGAUUCCGGAUUAUAGGUAGGGGAUUCCGGACUAUAGGUAGUAGAAUCCGGACUAUAUGUAGUGGAUUCCAGAUUCCUGGUAAGUGCAACUUGGACUCCGGAUUACAAUAAUUAGCGGGAUUUCGGAUUCCUUGAGCUGAAUUCCCAGUUCUGGAUUCCACAAGCAAAAUUUGCAGGAUUGUGAAAUCCUGAUUACUUUACAGGAUGGGGACUCAGUUACCUGUAUUCAAGCCUCUUUUUACUGUACUGUACGGUAAUUACCUUUGGUGUAUUUGUUUCUUUAGUAAGUUGUUCUCUUUCUUUGCAGCUCACCGUUUUGUUUCAAAAUAUUACAGGAUUUCUAAGAGUUGACAUCCUUGGCUUUUAGUAAGUAAAUCUGAUUGGUGUCUUUUAGAUUUAACACUGACGUACAACGUGGGAGGGGGGUGGCGCACAAGGGGCGGGGGAAAGGUUGUCUUCCACCCAUUACCCCCCCCCCCCCCCUCCUGCUGUCCUAUGGAUUUUGCUUUGUUAUGAUAUGAAUGGAGAGCUCCACUUAGAAAAAGGUUAAAAACCCAUAUUCAGUAAAGUAAAGUAGAAUAUGAAAGUUUUUUUCUUGCUUGCGUUUUACAGUGUUCCAAAAGUUAACAUUUUGCUGUUGUUGCUACUACUAAAAAGGCUACAAACUCGUAUUUUUUGCUACUAAAUGACUCUACCUCAUUCAGGCGUCCUAUCUCCUAAUCAACACAACCGACUGUCACAAAAUUUUUCUAUAACUUUAAUAGCUAUCGAGGAGAAGAGGUUCCGACUCAGCAAAAUCCGAUAAAAACCUUUAGUGUCUUUUUUCUUUCAGCAACGGCAGCGUUAAAGUACGUUUUCGAGUGGUUGUGAAGGUGGACAAGCAAGAGGAAAAACCCGCUGAAGUGGUAACUAAAGUUGGGGAAACUCUCCGAGAUAAUGUAGAAAAAGGUCAAAUCGGAAGCCUUAAAGUGAAGAAAACUUUGGAAAUGGAAGGUAUUGUGUUCGUUCUUUUCUUCUGUUCCCUAACUAGCCUUCUAUUAUGACCUAAUUAACAAUUAGCGGAUAACACCCUCCGAGAUCUCCAUAAUUCUUCAUAUGAUACGAAAGCUAAGUCGAAUUCAAUAAUUGUUUUAAUUAUCCAUUCAAAAUAAUUCCUAGUUAAAAACAUAGCUGAAACAUGCUUACCUCCAUCGAUGUUAAGUUCAUCUUCGAUAAUGCACAGUUAGGAUUGUUGAGCCCCGCAAAUGUGCUCCAAAUAUCAGAUGUCGCCCUUCGAAUUGUCUUCUUGCUGUUCUUGUCCUGUUUUUAGCUAUUAUUUCGCCUAGUUCUUACUCUUGAAAUGAGUGCAAUGUCCGCCAGUUUUGUUUUCACAACCAAGACAACUCAACCUCGUCCCCAGGUCUUCUCGGUUAACGGUGCAUUAACCUGCAAGAAGGCUGCACUUUUGACGUCAUCGGUUCAUUAGACGCAAAAUUCUUCCAAAUUUGGUCAACAGUAGCUGGUUAUGGUGAAUUAUGCGUCUGCUUUGGGCCAAUCAGAAUCGGGGAAUUAUUUUGAGUGAAUAAUAAUUUCUGUUAACCAGUUACUUAGUUUUUUAAACAAAAUUGUACUGCUCCUGAGCCUGCAUCUCAGAAGUAAUUUAACCCCGGUUAGUAACGUCUGCAAAGCAGCACUGAUAUCCCUGUUCAGGGCCCUCAACGGUCUCAGCGAGCUACCGGAAAUACGUUUCAAAUUUCCCUUCAAUCUAAUUGGCAAAUCGACAAUGGCUUUUUAACAGGCCAAUCAUGGAGCUUACUCAAAUCCUAGUACACAGGUGGAGGCGCAGAACAAGGAUUUCAGCGAUGUUUCGCAGACAGACUUAACCAGAGUUAGUUUCGUUUGUGGCGCAGGCUACUGUGCCUCCUUAUCUUUGGUCAAUAUUAACUAAUAGAUGAUAGAUCUUUCCAAAAAUUGCAAGGUCUGUAUGUUGUUACUAUGUCCCUCCUUUUCAGGAUGUAUGUAUUUUACCUACCCCUCCCCUAAGGCAACAUUGACACUUACUUCUCACUGAGGGCAAAAUGUUGGCUUAGGGGAGGGGUAGGUGAACAUUUUCCCAGAAACGUAUAAUGAUCCUAUUUUUCUUCUUAUUGUUGACUUUGUAAAAGCAUCGUUGGGGUGGGGUGGUUGGGGGGGAGUGGGUAGCAAGAGGGCAGCAACAGUGGUGGGGUGGUUUGGGGGAGUGGGUAGCAAGAGGGGAGCAACAGUGGUGGGGUGAUUGGGGGAGUGGGUAGCAAGAGGGCAGCAACAGUGCUGGGGUGGUUUGGGGAGUGGGUAGCAAGAGGGCAGCAACGGUGGUGGGUUGGUUGGGGGAGUGGGUAGCAAGAGGGCAGAAUGUAUGUUAAAAGAGUGUAUAAUGUAUUAAUUUUACUAACGUCUGCAUAAUUAUUCUUUUAUUUUAGAAGUUCCUCCUCCUCCAGUUAACGUCCAGUACAGUGACGUCAAACUAACGGAGGCUCGUAUCACGUGGUCACAUCCUGAACUAUACGAAGAGUACGCCAUUAGUAGUUAUUCGCUGCAGUUUAAAAAGUUUGGAACAAAAACAUGGACACAGUUUGCAGACACUCGGGGAGAUAACCACAGGCUUACCAACCUUGAACAAGACACUCCUUACAUAGUGCGACUCAAAUCCGUAAACAAGUUUGGAAGAGGAGAUCCCAGCGAGACCUUGGAAUUACAAACAGAAAGUAAGAUCAGUGUGUUGUUGCUUUUACUGUCUUGAAUUAGAGGGUAGACUGCAAAGCAGUCAUUUUUUUCCUCUAUUUACAGUCUCACGUUCCAUUUUCACCAUCGCUUCAGGCCUUUCGUUAGACCGCUUGCACAUUCUUGACCUACACACAAAUACAGGCUGCAUUGCGAAUGCCUUGCAGUCAAAUAAAAUGGUUCAUAAUAUAAUGAGGAAUAAUGUAAAAGCAGGAACCGGUACAAAGUAGAAUGGCGAUGUUAUUUCGGAAGACAUCGCAGACAUAACGUUUGUAUGUGAGGUGAAGAAGGGAUGGCUAAAAGCGGGGACAUUCACAAACGUCAGAUUUCUCAAAUUCGUUGGCACUGUUUGAUGUCUUCUGGUCUCUGUUUUACCAGGGUUCUUUGUAGGGUAUUUGAGGAGUAAAAGCUUCCCCCCCCCCCCCCCCCCCCAAAAAAAUAUAUAUAUAUUGUUAUCAUAACAGUGCAUAAGCAACUAUAUCGGAAAAAUCAUUCAGACGCGACGACUAGGUCAGUGCACAUGAACUAAGUAUUCCCUGUCUAAGGACACCAUGCGACAAGGAACAUGGAGUAUUAUUAUUUUGAAAUAAAAUAACACUGUAACAUUUCUCAAAAUUGUGUCUCAAAAUGCACCAGAUUGCAUGUCAGCGCAUGUUCAGUUAAAAAAAUUUACGGGGCGGGGGGCAUGCUUACAGACCCCCCUAGGAAGCACGUGGCGUUCGGUCCCUUGGGACUUCUCCCCCAGAACGAUAAAUCCUGAAUAGAACCCUGUUUACUCGUGAGUGUAGUGCAGUGAUCAAUGCCCUUCUUUGUAAAAAGAACCAGCCGCGAGCCUUAGGCUCGAUCCAACCUGGACCGUAUUGAAAACGGUGGCGUAUAAGGCUUAGUGGCGGCAACAAGGUAAGAAACCGCCCCUAAACUAGACUAUUACAGAACAAAUGCCACUGACGUCACAUUUUAUUUUAACAUUUCAGAGGAAAAAAAGACAAGUGGAUCAGAGAUUGCAUUAGCCAUUGUUCUUCCCAUCCUGUUCUUGAUCUUACUAGCGAUUGCAGGAGUGUUUGUUUACAGGAGGUGGAAAAAGAAAAAACUGGGCAAAACUCCGGACCAUGGAGUACCUUUGCACCCGCUUGUGCCUGAGUCGGUGAGGCAGUAGGAAAAUUAAAAACUCGGGCUUAUUUGAUAAGUAAAAAAAACUAAAAGGGUUUCCUUUAUAAACUCAGGCGUUUUGAAAGGUGGGAAAUAUUUCUAAGGAAUCUUCUUUUCAAAGAAACAGUUUUUUUGCCGGCCAUUGUUUGUUUUUUACGGAUAUAAUUAUGACCAAAUAAUAGCCUCAACAGGUUUGGGUGUUUAAAAUAUCUACCCAUCAUCUUUUGAUUUGAAACUUUGAGCAACACGUAAGGAGAUCGAAGGGCGUAGAAAGAAAACUACUACUCUAUAUUCUCCAACUUGUAGAAGCUACUAGCAGUUACACGUUCAGUGCCAUAUAGCUGCGGGCAGGCUGCUGUUGACUCAUGGGAUGUAAGUGGUGGGUUCGGGAGAGAAAAGAAUUGUGAGCUUCACCAGUGGAAGAACUAGUGCGUUUGAACUGGAUUUUAAAACAAACAAACAAACACAGUGGAAGAACCCCUAACGGACUCUCUCGUAGGUGAACAGCUCAACUCUAAUCAUAACGGAUAACGACCGCCUUCACAAAACCCCGUGUUUCGCAACUCCCGUACAAACCUUUUGUUUUUACAUCCCGUAAGCGGUUAGCUCCGGUUUCGGACACCUUUUUUGCGUCCCGAGGUUGUCCGCUCACGAGAGCUGCCUCUGAAAUGGGCUCGAAGCCUAAAAAAACAGAAAAUUUACAGGAAUUUAAAACGCCCGGAUGACUGGUGCCGAGUUUGAAGAUUCCCGCGUCUUCAGGCGCUUCUGUUGCCGUUUCUCGCCUCAGAGAAAUAUUCCGCGGACAAGAGCGUUGUUAAUAAAGUGACCAGCUCUGUUGAAAUGCUAAGGACAGGAAAAUUUAAGGUGUAGAGUUUGCUUAUGUGUUGUCUUUUCUUUAUUUGCACAGCCAAACCAAACCGAUGCGCCAGGGACGAUUACCUUUGGCACCAAUGACCGUUAUUACCCAGUCCCCGGCAUGGAACCAAAUGGCGCAAGCGCGGCGGCAAUUGGCGCCUCGUUCUCAUGGCGUGAAAUACCUCGUGAUCGACUAAUACUUGGGAAAGUUCUUGGAGAAGGCGAGUUUGGAAUGGUUGUAAAGGGAGAGCUGACAGAAGAUGACGGCCGUACCAUACCAUGCGCUGUCAAACAGCUGAAACGUAAGUCAACUCUUUGGCACUUGUGAUGGUAAUGUCGCUAAUAGGGAGUUUAAGGCUGUGCUAACGCUAUACCGGAUAGAUUUUGCGCCUGUUCGCACCGAAGAACGUUGAUUUCUGUGCGACUUUAGGUGCCCGAGAUGUAACUAUGUACAUAGUUACUCCAUUUCGCCCUAUAUCAUUCAGACGUUAUUUUGAAACAUGAGCUUAGCGGCGAGUACAAACAAGUCGACUGCACUGCCCCAGAACAAAAACGAUGUGCACACAGGGACCCGGUGCCCACUUUUGUGCCCGAGUACACGGUCGAAUUCUAGCGCGGGUACUUGAAAAAAGGGUGUGUUCACAUUAGUGCCCAGCAAGUACGGUAAUCGGGCACCGUGUCCGGGCGAUAAGUGUGAACGCCGCCUCUGAAACCUAAGAUAUUUUCUCUAAUAAGUUUAGUCGUGGAAAGGGUUUUAGUACAAGCGUCACUAUAAAUAUAUUUAGCAAUUAAUGAAUGAGGCUUUUGUAGGAUAUGAAGAAUUAAGCAGAUCGAGGAGGAUGUCCUCCACAGAGGCUGAAGGCCGAGGUGGAUAACACCCUCCGAGAUCUGCUUAAUUCUUCAUAUCCUACAAAAGCCGAAUUCAUUAAUUGCUUCGUUAUUCAUUCAAAAUAAUUCCUAGUGUAAAAACAUAGCUAAAACAUGCUUACCUGCAUCGAUGUUAAGUUUAUCUUCGAUAGUGUUCGAUUAGGUUUGUCCAGCGCUGCAAAUAUUCACCAAAUAGCAGAUGUCGCCCUCCGAGUUGUCUUCUUCCUGUUUUUGCUAUGUUUUUAGCCAUUAUUUCACCUAGUUCCAGCUGUAGUUCUUACUCUUGAAACGAGUGAAAUGUCCGCCAUCAUGAUACGAAAACAACUCAAGGUCUUCUCGGUUAACGGUGCAUUAACCUGUAGAAGGCUGCAUUUUUGACGUCAUUUUCUCGUUAAACACAAAAUUCUUCCAAAUUUGGUCAUCAGUAACUGGUUAUGGUGAAUUAUUCGUGUGCUUUCAGCCAAUCCGAAUUGGAGAAAUAUUUUGAAUGGAUAAUAAAUGUUAUUAACAAUUAACUUGUUCGGCAGGUGCUGCUACUGAAAGUGACUUCAAAGAUUUGCUGAACGAGCUGGAGAUUAUGAACUCCGUUGGAAAUCACCCAAAUUUGAUAAAUCUGAUCGGCGCAUGCUCAAAAGGUGGUGAGUUGAAGACUUACAUGUUGUGGUUUGGUUUCAUCCUUGAUUGAAAUGACCCUUCCUCCCCCGCCCCUUCUUAUUUGCAAUUUUAUACGCCGAUAUUAUAAAUUUAUUAUACCUAAAAACGAAUGAAAUAAAACAUUUGAGCGAAGAUUAAAACUGAACAAAAAUAGAACACUGAUCAAAACGUAUAAGAACUUUUAGCGCAUAGUAAUCUUUAGUUCUCGGUUUCUAGAAUCGGAAUUGGGCCAGUUUCUUGAAUUAAUCCUGACUUCACCUUAACGCUAACGUAAGGUAGGCAAAGGCGCACCCGAGCCAAGUGCGCUCACGGCCGGAGCCUAUCCCGGUCUCAUUAGCAUGACGCACCUAGGGGUAUUGCUAAUCUCCCCUGGACGGGAUGCUAGUCCAUCGCAGGGUUACCACCCAGCAGUAUGUCACCGGUACCCAUUUAUACACCUGGGUGAAGAGAGAGAAAGUGGAGUAAAGUUCCUUGUCUAAGGAAACAACGCGACGGGCGAGGCUUGAACCCCGGACCUCCAGAUCCGGCGUUCGAGGUCUUAACCAUUCGGCCACACACGCCUCCACUUAACGCUAACGUAGGACGUUUUAACACAUAGGGCCUUUGAUGAUCCUGGUGGAAUUUGCAGAAAAUGGAAACCUUCUGAAGUACCUUCGUGAUCACAGACAACAAAAUUAUGAUGACAUGAACCAGUACAGCCUAGACAUCAGCUCUUCUCAAAGACUCAGGAUAGCCUGUGAUGUGGCUAAUGGUAUGACGCAUCUCGCAGCAAUGAAGGUAACGCAUUAUAAAAGAAUAAUGAGAAGAAGCUCUCAUGAUAUUAAGAUAGACUAUAGAGCGUUUUCACAUAACGUCACGGCGGCCAUAUUGGUGUCCCUAAACAAUAAAACGGCGGCCAUGUUGGUGUCCCAAACAAAUCCUGUGUGAGUUGAACUCUUUUCUUGUGUAAACGCUUUGUUUUAUCCAAUAAAUUUCCAUACAUACUGGCCACGUAAGAGAAAACGCUCUAUAAGGGUAAGAUAAUUUACUUAUUUAUUUACUUGUUUAUUUAUGAAAUCUAGUAAGAUAGGAAGUGUUAAGAUUAUGCAGAUUGGGUAAUUAACAACGUAUCUCUGACGUUUUUUUUUUCUACCCUACCCCCUCCCCCAUCCAGACCCUCUUUCCGUUACGCGAGCAUAGCUCAACCAACAACGUGUCCAUCGGACUGUGCCAUUGUGAAAGAGUAAGGUAAAAUUUAUAGAAGUUUGGUUAAAGUAGGUUUUUUUCCCUGAUUCACUGCAUGGAUACAAUUUGGGGUCCGCAAAUAUAGUCAUAAUUAAUUUGCUGAUUCGGCAAUGGACCAUUCGAUCGUUUUAUCGACUUGUUAUUUGUUUAUCUGCUUCUUUGCACCCCUCAAAUGAUCAGUUGAAAUGUCCUCUAUAUUUUAGUGUGCUCACAGAGACUUGGCCGCAAGAAAUGUACUUCUCGGAGAAGGACUGGUUGCAAAAGUGUCCGACUUUGGCCUGUCACGUGAUAUCUACACGGACGACGUUUACGAGAAGAAGACUGGUGUAAGUUGUUACAUUCCGAAAUCUAGUUUUACAUGCCGGCCACACAAAAUGUUCAAAUCUUAUUAAUAAGUGUUUCUUUUGAUCGAUGUAAUCAUUCCAUACAAAUCUUCGUUUCAUGGGCCAGAAAAGGUUUGGGGAGGGCAAAUCAACCCUGGAGCCGAAAGAUAUCCAGAAUGGAUUUAAAAUGAAACUGUGUCAGUGGUUUAUUGUUUGAAAAAAAACUUAAAGCUGAAAAAAAGUUAUGCAAUGUAAUAGACACUGAUUUUCGCGACUGUAGUUUAUAAUAUAUAUGUUGUUAUUUUUAUUUAGUUUAUUAUAGUUUUUUUUGUUUUUUCAGGGAAAACUUCCAGCUAAGUGGAUGGCAGUUGAAGCCCUGCAGCAAGGCAUUUAUACCAGCCAAAGUGACGUGUAAGUGUACUAGUACUCUUGGCUGAUCCCUAGGCUGACUGACUGACUUACUUAGACUGAUACAAAGACAAAAAGACAGACGAACAAGUUGAGUCUUUACAUUGUCGCAAACAGUCAUCACAGAGCCAGCAAUUACGUCACGACGACCAUAUUGGUGACAAAACAAUGAAACGGCGCCCAUGUUGGUGUACUAAAAUACCUUGUAGGGAUUGAACUCUUUUCUCGUGUAACAACGUUCAAAUUGACAUAGCUGUUGACAACGUGAGUGAAAGUGAAAAAUUAUUCAUUAUUUUUUCCUGAAAACUAUUCCUUUAUGUUCAAUUUUUUAGGUGGUCUUAUGGUGUUCUCCUUUGGGAAAUCGAAACUGGAGGUGAGACUGGGGAGUCUGUCAUUUGGGGUUAGCGCGUGAGACUGGGUCGGGCUUUGUGUCGAAUUGCACUAUGGGUCUUAUUCGUUCUCGUCCCCAGAGUUCCCCAGAGCCUCCUGUUCCCUUAGCCGGCGAACGCUGAGCACGAGGACCAGGAUGGGUCUGUUUUGGAGACGCCAGCGCUUCUUUUAUUGACUAUUAUGAAGUUGUGGAGGAAACUGGGUAAAAAUUCAUCACCCAGAACAGUGGAAUUUAACACAACAUCUACCCAUCUCUAGGACAACUUCAAAAUGGCCAAUGAAUUCACAACAUUGCUGCUUUAAAAGCAUACAUGACACGACUUCUGUCAUUGUUAGUUCGCACUGAUACACGUAAAGAACGACAACUUGCCAGUGUCUUUAGUUCUUCCUCAAAAGGUGCUUUUCAUUAUGCCAAGAUUUUCGUUAGUUUCGGUCAAAUCAUAAAUGGUUCGUAUCCUUCGUUGAUUAGAAAGUCGUUAUUAUAUAUCAGCGGUAUUUACACGUUUAACUAUCAUUGCGUAAUUCUCUUUAGGUUGUGCUCCGUAUGCAGGGAUGGUUGUAAGCGAGUUGCUGUCCAAAAUUAAGGCUGGAAGUCGACUGGAGAAGCCUCGUUACAGCAGUGAUUGGAUGUAAGAAACCACUGAAGUUGUCGCGUUUUUCCCUACGAUUUGAUAUCGCCUCCGAUGGUCUUUGACUUUGCAAGUUAACAGGGGGAAAGUGACAGGAGGUCUUAUCUUAUGAGCUUCGCCAGAUAUGGUGUGCACACCACAAAAGCUCGCACUGAUUGCUAAGGCGAGGUCAAAUAAGGCGAAAGCGCGCGGAAGAUACUUAACACGACCUCCAUUGCUAAAUUUGCCACUGUGCCAUUGGUCGACGAUCUUUAAAUCUGCGCGUCCCAUCGCCAUCCUCUUCAUGUUGUCUUUGCUAAUCUGUUUGGUUAGCCUAUUGUGUGCCCGAAACAGUCUCUUUCCUAAAAAGCCAAUUAGAGAAUAGACGCGCCUUAUUAUUCUUCACUAAUAAAUUAUUGACUGUAUUAAUCAAUCACGACUGUAAACGUUAAUGAUAUGUGGACCGAUCCAGAAUGGUUUAUUCACCAACUGGAAGGUCGGAUUUGUUUUUGAUCCUCGGCCGCACGAUCUGCAACUUCUUGUUCUUAAGCUUUUCUACUAUGUAUUCUAGUUCCUUAUGGAGAACUGAUACCAUCGUCUUUGCUAAAUUAAAUAAGCCCCCCCCUUCAAACAAGCCCCCCAUCACUAUUUAGCCCCUCUCCCCCUCAUAUGUGUUUGAAAUAAAUUAGCCCCCGGAGAGCUUAACAGAGAUGAAUUGUACUUUGAAAUGUUGUAAGGUCGUAUUUCAGAAUAAAGUAGAUUGUCUCUAAGCGUUUCCUUUCUCCCCGUCUAAGCCCCCUCCCCUUUUUCUAUCGCCCUUCCUUUCUAUUGACAUGCCAGCGCUCGAAUUCCGCACCAUUACAUAGCAAAAAGUCCAACGGCCUGUUUACAAGGAGGUGGGGGACCCCAGGUAGGUGGGGUAACCCGGCCUGUCCAUGUAAUCCCUCACUUUAAUUUGAUCCUGUUUACAUGAUAGGUGGGGUGAUCAAAAGGGCAGGCGGGUUACCCCACCUAAGCGGGUUACCUCACCUACCUGGGGUUCCCCACCUCAGUGUAAACAGGCCCUAACAAAGACUUGUUUACCUCUGAAGGUACACUGUAAUGCUACGCUGUUGGGAUGCCAAUCCAAAGAAAAGGCCAACAUUUGAAGAGCUAAGUGACGAGCUGAACCGAAUGUACAAGCAAGAAACUGUAAGUCAAAAAGCAAGCUUUGCCAAAUAAAUAUCAAAAAAUCAAUAGUAAGAACCAAUAAUAGUAAAAACAAAAUAGGCUAUUUUCGAAAGCUAUGUUAGGGUGAGUUUGAUUUGAAUGAGAAUAGAAAAUUGUUUUCAUAUAUUUCAUAUUAUUUUCAUUAUUUUCAUAAAUGUGGCUUUCAUAUCACGUUCAUAUCACCCCAGAGAACUGUUUCUUUCAUAUGUCGUCCUUUCACGUGCAUAAUUAUUUAUAUUAUUUAUUCAUACAUAAAUGAAAUCCCUUGAGAAUAUCAAGUGAUCUUAUUUGGGAAAACAAACUCUCCGUAGAAAAGAGCGUUAUUACUCAGGUGGCCAGCAAUUUUACUGGAACAAAAGAAAGCGUUUACACAAGAAAAGAGUGCAACUCCUCCAGGAUUGGUUUAGAAAACCACCAUGUCAUUGUUUUUGAUGCCAUGUGAAAACGCUCUGCUGUUUUGGUACACUUACGUGGCUCUUACAUUUCUCUUUAGUUAACUCUAGAAGUGAUAAUAAUUAUUAGUAUAAAAUAUUUCAUAUUUAUAUAUACACUGUUUUACAGGACUAUCUGGCUCCUGAAGAGUUCAGACUGGAACCAGAUUACUUAAACACUUCGGUGGAAAAUGUCUCUUCUGCUUAAAGUCAGCACUGGGGCCCAUGAGCAAACGGAGCUUUGUGUGAAAGCCUCAUUAUAUCCAUGGAACAAGAAAUACUUGUACCAUAUUUGAAUUGAUUUUAUUGUUUUUCCUUUUUGUUAGAUAAAUCUUUCAUUGUCACACUAUCGAAAAGCAAACCGAAUCAAUGAUGUCUGCAUCCUUUGGUUCGAUCUGAUUUUGAUAAGGACAAUGGAUAAACAGUAUUGCUAAAAUUUUGCUUGAUUGCUAAAUAUUUUCUCUCUAGAAGGCGGCAGUAUAGAGUGUUUUCACUCACGUGGCCAGCAUCUAUGCAAAUUUAUUGGAACAAAAGAAGCGUUUGCAUAAGGAAAGAGUUCAAUUCCCAGAGGAUUGGUUUGGGACACCAACAUGGCCGCCGUUUCAUUGUUUUGGGACACCAAUAUGGCCGUCGUGACGUCAUGUGAAAACACUCUAUAGACCUAUUCGGCUAACUAACUGUUGUAUCCAAUUCAAACCCUUUAGGGAUAAAACGUUUUGUUUCAGAAAUUUCCAAGUCAUUUAAAUGUGAAUGCAACAUUAUGAUGCAAAUACAGUACACAAAGAAUCUUAACCCCGGGAGAUUUGAAUUGGGUACAACAUUGAGUUAGCCGAAUAGGUCUAUUCUCGUAAGAUGUACAGUAAUUAUAAAUUAUUGUUUUUUCUAGUCAAAUUAUAAGCGUAUUGGGACGGAGGAACGUUAAUAUGAGGAUUUACUGGUCAGAGCAUUUAAUGACAAAAAAAAUGGUUCAUCGACUUAGUUGGUAACCAUUCGCCACUUUAGAAACGAUAAGAAAACUGGGGCCGAGUUAACUUUCGCAAAGAUUUCUGGGAAAGAUAUUUGGACGGGGAAAUAAUUGGCUAAUAGCUGACCAGAGCGUCCCCUUAACGAUCCCAUAAACUAUCGGGGGACGUAUUUCGGCUCCAGUUUCCUUCUCGUUUCUAAAGUGGCGAAUUGCCUCCGUAAGAUUCAAAAGCCGACGUUUUGAGCGUCAGUGAACCCUACUGACUGCCAAAGGAGACCCAUGGCCCCGCCUCUUAAUGACAGCUCUGCAGUGGUGAAAAGAGAAUACGCGAACACACAGCGCUUAAUUGAAAGUUGUCUUUUGAAUCCUGCUUUAAUAGACCUCUUUAGCUUGUGUGUUUUGGUUUCCCAAUGUAGGGAUUGGCCCUUAUGCAUGUUCACCACCCAGCCUCGUUUUGAAAUUGUAAAGUUGCGAAGUUUUGCAUAAAUAAAUUCCCAUGGCAGAAGAGUUAAAUAGAAUAACCAAACACAACAAGUGCAAAUGCGAAGAAUUUUUCUUCCAGACUAGGCGCGGUGGUGAAAUUUGCUCGUAUGACGUAAUCAUGCAUAAGUGGCAUUCGGCCUUGGCUUCUUUCAUAACUGCCCAUAGAUAAUCACGUGAAGAAGACAAAAUUUGAGGGAAACAAUAUUCUUGAGAGUAUUAUCACGUGACCUACACUGGGAAAACAAAACAUACGAGCUAAAGAGGUGUAUUCUACAUCGAUGCAGUUUCACCAGAAAUCAAUUAACGCCUUUAUUAAAAAUGGAAUAUAUACGCAUAGGAAAGAGAUUCUUGUGGAUAAACCGUCUAAUACAGUGAAGGGGACCUCGAAACUAGGACAUUGUGUACGUAAGCUAGAAAAGUAAUUAUUUAAUUAAACUUUUUGGAAGA